AUGGGAAAAGCGGACGCAGUUCACUCGUACCUCUGUCCACAGGAAAACACCGUGAUCAUCCAGCCUGAAGAUGAGAUCACACAUGCCGGGACGGCAAGCACGGGGACGAAGACGAUGAAGCCGGCCCGGGGGAUUGUGCUGGCAGUUGGCACGCCCAAGGCGCUGGGGAAGGGGGGAAGGCAUGCGAUGGAUGUGAAGCUUGGAGAUUUGGUUAUCUAUACCAAGGUGGGUCCACUCUGUGCAGCUUUCCGAAGAGGUUCCAAAGAUGAUGCUGAUGACGUGCAGGGCAAGGGGAAGGAGGUGAAGGUGGAUAACGAUGAGUACUUGCUUCUGGAUCGGGAUGAGUGA